AGAUGUUUGUUUGUUCAACUACUUCAAACAGCCUUGGGGCAGACAUGACAUUUCAACGAAACUGCUCCUGGAACAGACUCUUCAACUAAUAACUGAAACACGAUGGCUUCAGGUUUUUCCUUGACUCUUCUUCUUGGACUGAGCUUUGGACUCUGGGCUGAAGCUGAUGCAGAAUGUCGGCUGAGAGCGGCUACUACUGGUGAUUGCCCUCCUGAAUGGAGUUGGUACGAAAAUCGCUGUUUCCAUUUUGUGGAGGAUAAAAAGAGCUGGGCUGACGCUGAGAGCCACUGUCUCUCGGUGGGUGGUAAUCUGGCCUCCUUCCAAAGCAAGGGCGAAUACAACUUCAUCAGAGAUCUUGUCCACAAAGAAAGUGGACAAAAGAACACUUGGGUUGGAGCUCAUGAUGCCGUGAAGGAGGGCUUUUGGAUGUGGAGUGACGGUGCAAAGUUUGGCUUUGCUCCCUAGGAUAAAAACCAACCAACCAACUCUGGUGGAGAGGAAAACUGUAUGGAAAUCAGGGGGGAUUAUUUGAAUGACGAAAAUUGCGCCAAAAACCUUCCCUUCAUCUGUGCUAUAUUCCUCUGACUUUCUUCUUCUUGUGAUUUCUUGCUGAUGAUGUCGCUUCCAACUGGAUGUAAAGCUUUGACAACAUAGCUGCUGGAUAACUACAAGAUCAUAAUUUCCUAUCCUUCAAUUUGAUUACUUUAAUAAACAUUUGGCUUUCAUUUUUUCUCAUCCAUUGUUUGAAUUUUUGCUAUAACAAAGGAGUUAGUUUGAGUGGUAAAAAAUAAGC